CCAAAAUUUUUCGAAAGGAUUUGUAAUAGAACAUCUGGGCUUUUGUUUUUUUUUCACAAUUCCCUUAUGUUUAAUAUUUUGUUCUCGUAAUGUCGCCAUGAUAUUCUAAAAUUCAAAUGUUUAAGAGCAAAUCAGUUAUUUGUUUAUUAGUUACUUAUAUAGUAUAUGAAGAACAGAAGUAAAUUAUUUGUUCCAUUUCUACUUUUACGAUCUGCAAUCUGCAUGCUAAAUUAUUUAUCAUGAUUGUGUUAUUUGUAUCAUAUAAAGAUAAGUAUUAUCAAAAUUCUCAUGAAGGAAAAGGAAUUUUGAUGUUUAUUGAUCCACGGCUUCAUUAUGAUAAUUAAUUGAUAAAAUAAUGACUGUCGGCUGUCGUGAAGAAUUAUUAUUAUAGUUUUAUAGUAUGUAAUUUAGUUGCUCUUAUUAAUAUUUUUCACUCGCACAACGUAGUAAGUAGUAAUUAUUUUGUUUAAAUCAUAAAUCUGUGACCAACUCAAAUGACAGUCUACUGAUGCGGACGUUUAGCAUCCGGCCGCAGUUAAGUAAUCAUUACGUUGAGAUGACAAGUUAAAUCAAGCAACUUGGCAUCCGUCAUAUUUCUGUCGCGAUUACUAGUUCUUGAUAGUCGCUGUUUAUAUUUUGAACUUUGUAUUUAUACGUUUGUUUUGAUAAUUGCCAAUAAAUAUGAGCGUGGUACAAGGUGGACUUAGCAAAUUAAAGAAAAAACACAUUGGUGUUAAGAGACAGAAGGUUAAGUUAUUCCGUGCCAAUGAGCCAUUGCUGUCAGUUCUUAUGUGGGGUGUCAAUCAUACUGUACGUAUUAUGUAAAUUAUUUUCUCUAGUUAUCACGAUAUUACUAUUUAAUUACUUUUAACAUAGGUACAAUCUCCAUUUUGAAAAUUGUUUAUUUUAUUUAUGUUUAUACCUACUUAACUGUAAUUUUCAUUGUUAAUAUAUUUAUUCUUUUACACUUGGUUGUACACUAAAUUACUAAAAGAGUGAACUAUAAUCUGUUUUAUAUUUGAAUAGAGUAUAAGAAUAAUUUUAAUAAAAGAAAGGAGGAAGUAGGUAUUUAAUCUUCAAGGAUUUUCAAUUUAACAAAUAAAAUAGAAAGUAAAAAUUGUUUUAUUUUUUUUUUAUUGAAGUAUUUGUUUGCUUAACAAUUUUAUUCCUAAACGUAAUCUACCUAUUUAGUAUAAACAUGAAAUAUUUUUAAGUAAUUUAGCAUGUCCAGCUUAAUUUUUAGUUGAUUUAUAGUUUAACUACUUAAACGUAUUAUUAUUUAUUAUGUACUAGCACUAUUAGGUGUAAACUAUUUACCUGUAUUCAAUUUUAAUAGUGGGUGUUUAUAAAUAAUAAACUCAAUUCUCCAAUUGGUUUUUUUAAUCUAAUCUGCCUUUUGAGUCCAUUAUAAUAAGAUACUCACUACCCGGAUGACCCUUUUGCCAAUUUGCUUUUAACUUUUGAUUUUUUAAGAAAUAUUUUUCUUUAUAGGUUCACAUAUUUUAAGAAUAUAAAUUUUAGUUUUUAGGAGUUAGUAUUAUUACUAGUAAUUUACCUAUGUUUUUUUUCGCAGUUAAUAAAACUGCAAAAAAAUAUUCACCUUCAAUUAGUAGGUACCUAAUUCAACAAAUAAAAUUAAAUAAUGUUUAGCAGAGAAAACAAACACGGAAAUGGGAAUGAUAUUGUACUCGGAUAGAAGAUAACAAAACUAGAAAAUAAAUAAUGGUAUAAUAAAAUGGCAAAUAAAAUAUAAUACAAAAAUACUAAAAAUAAAAUGGCAAAUGACUUUAAUCUAAUAAGUAGUUCAUUAUGGAAAUAAGUAGUGCAGAGGUAGUUUAUAAAGUCAGCAGUCAGUAGUAUGAGAAAUUGGGCCAGUACAAAUUUCGGUCACUAGCUGUUUAACAUUUAUUGUCGAUAAAUGGUGCAUAAAUCAAAGAAUAUCCUAUCAUUUUAAUUUGUAUUGAUAACAGCUCCCUUAAUUUGCUAGUAGACUACUGGACAUACAUCAAAAUUAUUUUGUAAAUGCAAUAGAUAAAAAAAGGGUGAUUUAAUAACUUUCUAAUAAUAGAUAUAUUAUACAACACAAAAAAUUUAAAUUUUCUUCUCUAAUUUAGUUUUUAUUAAUUAAUUACUUAUUAAAUAUAACAUUAAAACUUACCUACAUUAAAUUUUACUUAAAGAAACCAUACACCAUCUUUUCUUCGUUUUUAAAUGUGCACAACUCAUAAUGACAAACAGCAGAAACUACCCUUAUUAUCUUUUCAUUGGCACUGUUCAUUUUGAACCAAUAGAAAAAACAUAUUGACUGUACUAGUUGUUACCUUCACAAUCUACAUGAAAGACAUAAUUAACAAUCAGCCCAAUAUCUAUCAUUUGUAAUCAGUUACCAAUAUUAGCCAAGUACAUCAGUCAUGUGAAAUCGGUUUAAAUAUUUAAGAGCUUAUAAGCAAACCAAGAAAAUAGUUUAUAAUUUUGGUAAACUUAAUGUAUUGUAUUCUAUAUAAUAAUGUAGGUCCCUAAGGAAUCUAUGUAGUAUUUUAUCAAAUUAACAAUUAAUGUUACUAUUUUUUUUUGUCAUAUUAUAAAUAUUGAAAUGAGAUGGUAUUGUUACAUGCACCUUAAUAAUUCAUCCUCCUUAACUUACACUUUACAGUACAUUAAUACCUACAAUAUAGCAUUAUUUAAUUGCAUUUAAUAUUUUGAUUCAGAACACAUUUUAAACUUGAUUAGUACCUACUGCAUGAUUAUAAUUUAGUUAUAAAAAAACUACAUAAAUUGUAUUGUAUUUAAACAAUUAUUUUGUAUCUAGUUUUUUAAUCAAAUUAUGUUAAUAAAUAUUAAACAUUCUUGAAUACAAUAACUCAUCAUUAUAUAAUUGAGUUAUACCUAAAGUAAUAUGUAGAAGUAGUAGAAAGGUAAAUUAAUUGUGCAUUCAUUAUUAUUAGUAGGUACAUUCAUAGCCAUUUAGCCAUGGGUUAUUAUGAAUAAUAUUUUUCUAGCAAAGUAUUAUAAUUUUUCUUUUUGGUUAUUUAUAAAAGUUGCCUAUUAACAUUUUAGAUAUUAUAAUUUGAAAACUGUGUAAUGUACACAGAAUAUUAAAUAUCUAUUUAUUUUUGCUUAUUUGUGAAUGUAGACCCCGGGAAAAAAAAAUCAUAAUUAUUUUUUUUGGAAAAAAAAUUAAUUUAUUAAUGAUGUAAAUAAUGAACAUGAUAUAAUUAAAAUUAUGUCAGUUCAUGAUUAAUUGUGUAUGCAAAACCAUUAAAAAUUAUUUUUGUUCCUGAUUUCAAAAUCAUUACUUCCAUUUUGAUGUAAAUAAUUACAAGAUUGUACAAAGAAAAGAUUUUUUUUUUUAUGUGUUAUCUACCAUUGAUUUUAUAUAUAUUAAUUGUUGAGUAUUUCAGAUUUCAAUGGUAUCAUGACGUUAUUAUCUUACAAAUUAAUUUUGUUAUUUAUUACCUCACCUUACUGAUAAAAGUAAUCUUAGCCAUUGCACUUAAAAAAAAAAUUACGAAAAAAACAAUUUUUUUUACAUUACAUUGUUUAUUCGUUUAUUUUAUGAAAAUAAUUAAAUCGGAUUUUUUUUCAGCAUUAGUAAUUUUAGGUUGAACUUUUUUCCGACUCCCUUUUAUUUGGAAUAGCUAAUUUUAGCUUUGAAUGCCAUUCUUUCUAUAAUAAAAGUAUGUGUGGUGUGUAAACUAAAUGUGUAUUAUAAAUAGUUUAUAUUUUAGUUCUUAGGUUAAUCCUAAAUACCUAUAUGAAUUUACAAUUAAUUUAGAUAAUUUAAAUAAAUGGUAAAAUAAUAUUUAUUAUUUACAAAAUCUUUUUAUUAAAAUAAUGUGUUUAUGGUUAAACUUCAAUGUUCUCAUCGAGUAUUAUGUUUAUAUCUUUAUUUAUUUAACUAUAAUUAUAUCAAUACCUAUAGCAAAACUUCCCAAUACAAUUAUUUAUUCUGUCACUAUUUGACUAUCAAAUUUUUUUAUCAUUGAUAAUAAUUCUUAAUUAUUAUAAGUAUAAUUCCGUAGAUACAUAUUAUGUGUAACAUAUAUAUAUAUAUAUAUAUAUAUAUAUAUAUAAAAAUAUAUAUAUAUAUAUAUAAUUCACAGCAAUAUUCAAUUUCAAAUACCGUAUUCAUUACAGACUACACAUAAUAAUAUCCCUCAUAGCACAAAAAUUCUUUCGGGAUCUUCUGUGCAGACUUAGCGACUAUAAUAGGAAGCUCAUAUUUAAUUCAUAAACCAGUCAGAAAGGAUCUCUACACAUAUGUAGAGAAAAAUUAAUUUUUUAUUUUCAUCCCAUAAUUAUUGAAAAAUCACUUGUCAACAUUUUCAAAAUAAUUAUUUUGGAAAAGUUGUCAUUCUAGAAUUUUAAUUUAACAUACAUUCAUAACAGAUUAAUAAUUUUUUGGUAAUAACAGUUUUAAUUUCUAGAAGAAAAUUGGUAUGGAAACAAUUCAUUUCAAUAAAAUAACAUGUUACUCAUUAUGGAAUCGCAAUCAGCACGGUAAUUCCUUAUCUGCUAUUGAAUGUCAAUUUUUUUCAUACCUAUUAUCUAUACUCUAAAGUCACUAUAACUAAGAAACUAUUAAUCGAGUAUGAAUGCAUUAUACAUUUUAGAAUAAUAUAGAAAAACUGUCCUAGGAUAAUGGGGAUAGGUGCAGCCACUGUUGUAGGUGAGAAGGUAGAAUACAGACCGGAAUUUAAUGUUUAUCUGUAAGCAACGAUUAACCAUUGUUAAUGAAAAACAAUUAAGACUGCAGUUUAGUUAACAGCGUUGCUUUGUCAACAAUAUAUAUGUCAUAUAGUAAAAUAAUUACAUAUAUAUGCAUUAAACAUUUUCAUUUAUAAUAUUAUACCUAUUUUCCCGUUCUCCCGGUUUUCCUCAUUUAUUGAGAAAACAAGGGAAAAUAAAAAAUAAAAUAAAGGAAUACAAAGAAAAAAAUUAUACUAAUUAGUCGUUUUACAUAGAAAUAAUUUAUUUUAAUAGGAGAGAUUAUUUAAAAUGGUUUAUUAUUUGACAUAGAUAUGUUAAGAAAUAUAAAUUAUUUGGUUAUUAUUUAUUAUCUAAAAUGUACCUAUUGAUAUAAGAUAUUAUUUUUAAAAUCGAUUUGUACAUUUAAAAUAUAAAAAUUAUUUUUCUUUAUUUCAUUGCGUAUGUGUAAUUCUUCUAAAACUGAAUUACUGAAAAUGUUAUUUUGGGUAUUUAAUAUCUCUAAGUCUGUAUUAAUAUCAAUGUUCGUGUUAUAGUUAUUUUUUAAAACAUGUUAAGCAAAAUUUGAAUUAGGAGCAGACUUUUUAUUUCAUAAAGAAAAAUAAUUUUAAUAAGAUUUUAAAUGUUCAAACCAAUUUUAAAAAUAAUAUCUUAUAUUAAUGCAUUUUAGAUAGUAAAUAAUAACCCAUUUUAAAUAAUCUCUUCUAUUAAAAUAAAUUAUUUCUAUGUAAAAUGACCAAUUUGUAUAAUUUUUUUUUUUUUUUUAUAUUCAGUCUAGUUUUAAAUUUUGACUGUGAUAUAUCUGAUGAUAAAUUUUUAAUUUAAAACUGGUCAUGUAAUACUCCAGACGACGCAUUUAUUCAUUUUUUAUCCUUUUAUUUCAUAUCUAUUUACUAUAUUUAAUUUUUCUCUACAUAUCUGUCUCCUCGUAUAUAAUAUUAAGGGGAAAAAAAUUAAUGUUGACAGAGUUAUUAGCAUAAAGAUAAUAAUGUAAGACACCCUAAGUACCCUAAUCAAAUUGACAGUCUGAUGAACAAAAGUUUAGGUUCCAUUUGGUGUUUGCCCAGAGACUCCUAUCAAGAAGCAUUUUAACCUUUUUGGGAACCGACUGCUUUAGUCUGCAGCUUCCGUUGAAAUGUAUUACUAACCUCAUAUUUUGGCUCUUAAAUCAAUCUCCUUACCAAAUUCGUGGGUACUGUGUGAACUUGAACAUUAAAAAUCCUAAAAACCAUCUUAUACCUUUUCAGACUGGUCCAGGCAUUAAACAGGUGUUUCCUGUUACAGUCCUUGAGUUCGCAUAGAAGGUCCUAAGAGGAUAUUUGUGCUGUUAAGAAUAAUGUUAUAUGUAGUGAUGAGCCGAUAUAACUAUUUCCCAAUAUUUAAUAUGUGCUACCAAUGCCUAAGAUCUAAUAUUUGAAAAUGAGAACAAUGAGUCAAGAUUGAAAUUAACCUAUAUAUCAGUUGAAAAACCGAUUUUUAACCCUUUUUUUUCCUAUUUCAGAGAUAUUGGUAAUAAUUUUGGUAAUAGACAUUUAUUCUAGAAUAUAUCGGGUCAAAUAUGGUUUUUGAUAUUUAGUAUUGGUUUAUGCCGAUACCCACCACUAUUAUACAUUUUAAUUUAAUUUUUGUAGAUCAAUGAAUUGAGCCAUGUAACAAUACCAGUGAUGUUGCUCCCUGAUGAUUUCCGAGCAUAUUCAAAAGUCAAAGUUGACAACCAUUUGUUCAAUAAGUUAGUAUUUAAGUAUAUUCUGCAAUUAUUUAUAUAAUCAUGUUUGUAUAUAUUUUUUAAGAGAAAACAUGCCUAGCCAUUUUAAAAUCAAAGAAUACUGUCCAUUGGUGUUUCGUAAUUUGAGGGAACGUUUUGGCAUUGAUGAUUUAGAUUAUAAAGAGUCAAUGACGAGGUUUGUUUAUCAUUUUUAUUCUUUACUAUAGCAUUUUAUAUAUGAUUAGUUCAUUUAGUAGUAAUUUAUUAUUAUUUACCGAAUGUGUGUUGUAUAAGUAUACCUUUUAUAAUGACAUUUAAGGGACUAGUUAAAGUUAAUCAUAAUAACCGAUUGUCAUUUUAACCAAAAUGAUAAUUGUAUUAUAAUCCAUGUGUCAUAUUUUUAUCACUAAAUUAUGACUUAAAUGCAUACAGAAAAAAAUAAAAUUUAAAAAGUUGUUUUAUUAUUUUAAAACCAAAUUUACAAUGUAUUGAAAAAAAAAUCUGUUAUCUUAGUUUGUAUAAACAUUAUGCAGAUUUUUCCAAUAUAACCAAAAAGACGUCAUAAUAAUCAAUAAAAAUUAGUACAUAUAAUGUAGGAGUUUUUCCCAGGACCUUCAAUCUAAGGUCACCCGAUAUGUCACUACAACCAGUGUCAUUAUAAAUGGUAUCUAAAUUAUAUUUAUUAUUUAUGUUUAUAACUUACAAUUUUUAUUUAAAAUAAUGGUUUUUAUUUAUAAAAUACUUUAUUUUCCCCCUUUCCGUGAAAUUUAACUUAUGGUAUCCAUGUUAAUAAUUAUUUUUUAGAUAUUUUUUACUUAAUCCAUCAAUUAUUAUUGUAUGUUGACAAUGUAAAGUAAUAUAUUUUACAUAAAGUAUCUACUUUUAAUAGAACUCUUAAAUAUAAUAGUUGUAUCUAUUCUACAUUAUAGUCCUUUAACAAAUGAUAUUUAGUUAUCCACUUGUGUUUCCAUUGUAACAAAUUUGCGUUGUAUAAUAUAAUUAUUUUCGGCACAAUAAAAAGGUUCUCUGAGGAAAGCAGCUACUGUUGUCGCAAAAGUCAAAGCAAAUCUAUUAUGAUGUACAACCGGAGAUCCUUGACUACUCCUAAUUUACAUAUGGAAACAGUUAACUUUAAACCUAAGAAAUUGAAAGUUUAUUGCUCUGAAAUUAAAAGAAGGUACACAAAUAAGGACUAACAAAAAUAUGUGUUCCAUAUGUAUUGGGUAGAUUAAACUAAUUUUAAUUUGAGCUCUUCCUGAAAUUCAUAUUAUUAUUGCUUAAGAAUUUUAAAUAAUUUAAAAUUCAAACAAUAAAAUUUAUUUAGAAUGGUUGCAUGGUGAAACUUUGAAUAUUAUUAUUUUGAGUAGAUAAUUUUUUAAAUCUGAGAAUCUUUGAAACUAAUUAAUUUAAAUCGACAUUAUUUAGAAUUGAAACCAGAAGUUCACCAGUUUCAAUUUUGUUGAUUCCAAUUUAAAUCAGUUCUAUUAAUGACAAUUCCAAAAAUGUAGUUUCAAAUAUUUAUUAUUCAAAUAAUUUAAGGCACUCCUUUAAAAUCAUUUGACUAUAUUGAAUAGUUUGUUUUAUAUAUUAGUAUAUAAUAAAUAAGAUAAAGUAUGAUAUAUAAAAUAUUUCAUUGAAAUUCAGGAAAAUUUACAGUUUUAUCUAACAUAUUUUAUACUGUUUGAUUUCUGUUAUAAAAAUUAAAUAUAUAUAUUAUUUAGAAAUUAAUAACCGACUGUAUUAUAUUCAAUAAGCUUUGUUUAAAUGUGUUUUUUGUUAAUAAAAUUAAAUACUAAUUUGUAUAAUUUAAAAUUUAACAUAUUUAAUUUACUAAUCAAGUUGUUAAUGAAUUUAACAGUAAAUGUAUUAAUUUAAUAUAUUUACCAAUCUAUAUUUUUUAAAUUAAGUAGGUAUAAGAUGUAUAUAAUUUAAUUUUGGUCUUUUCUUAGGUCACAACCUGUUUCAGCAGAUGCAUCAGGUAAAAGUAAUGCAGGUUUUUACUAUUCGUAUGAUAAAUUAUUCAUCAUUAAAACAUUGACUAGUGAAGAAGUUGAACGAAUGCACUCAUUUUUAAAACACUACCAUCCUGUAAGCAAUUAGUUAAUUAAUAUUUCAAUGUGAAAUCUAAUUAAUAUUUUAUCAUUAGUAUGUUGUUGAAAGACAUGGAAAAACUCUUCUUCCUCAAUAUCUAGGAAUGUACCGUUUGACUGUUGAUGGUGAUGAACAUUAUGUCGUAGCCAUGAGGAACGUGUUUAGUAAUCAUUUGGCCACACAUAGGUAUACUUAAUUACAAUUAUAAUUAAAUAUGUAUGAACAUAAUUAUAGAUUACAAAUCCAAAAUAUGUAUACAUUUUAUAAUUGCCUCCUCUCUCAAACAUAAUAGUGAUGAUAGGUAAAGAAUUUUUUAUGUAAUAAUAAUAAAACUAUUAUUUUUUUUUAUGAAUAUUAGAUUCAAUAAUUAAAUUAUAAUAUUGUUAUUUAUAAGGAAAAAAUAAGAUACAGAAUUCACAGGUGUAAAUGAAUGAGGAAAAGAUUCUGAGCGGAGCGAAUAAUGUAUUGGUUUUACAAUGUUUUUUUUUUUUUUUUUUUUUUUUUUUGUAUACACCUUUUUUACUAGAAAUUUUGUUCCAAUUUUAAAAUUUAGCACUUUUUGAAAAGAAUUUGAUUGGGGUGCAAUUUUGGGAGGUCAUUUUUUAAUUUUUCCAAGAGUUCGUAAUAAAAGGAAAAACAAGAAAAUGUACGAAAUAUUUUAUUUUCAAAUUGUAAAUAUUCAUAACAUUUAUUCAAACUCCAGAAUAGUUUUUUGGUUGCUAAUGAUAAAUCUAUAUACAUAUAAUUUCCCCUAUUCUUUACCAACUUCUCACCUACAACAGUAGGUAUUACUAGAGUGGCCCACACCACAUGUGAAGUAUGUCCGUUUUUUAGUUUUUUAUUCAAAUCAAACAUUAAUAAGUAUAACAAAAAUGUAAAAUGUUAGUUUUUAGAUUUCUGUUUAAAAUGUCAACACUUUUAAAGCAUUAAAAACUGACUUAUAAGAUUAUUUAAAAUUAGUUCUACUAAUAAAAAAUAAUUUUAGAGGCUAAUGCUGCUGAUGGGGGUAUUACUGUUUAAGGAGUAAAGUUUAAAGGAAAUAACAUAAAGUAAUUUAAUUUAUAAAAUGAUUGCUAACCAAAAACGAUUAUAAGUAAUUAUAUACUUUUACUUAUACUCAAAGUAACUCAGAAAUCAACAAACAAAACAUUUCAGUUUUCUAUUUUAUUAAGAUAUUAAUACAUGGUGUUUCAAAUUAUGAUAAUUUGAUGUUAUACAAACAUUUUUUUUUUUUAGAAAAUUUGAUCUCAAAGGUUCUACAGUUGAUAGAGAAGCUUCAGAUAAAGAGAAGGAAAAAGACCUACCGACAUUUAAAGACAAUGAUUUUGUUAAAGAACGUACAAAAAUAUAUAUUGGUGAUGAAGCAAAAGAUAAGCUUUUGGAAACUCUAGGAGCAGAUGUUGAUGUGAGUGUAAUUUUAAUGUUUUAAAUUGUUAUACUUUUAAAACAUAUGAAUUUUGCAUUCUAGUUUUUGACGGGAUUACAUUUGAUGGACUAUAGCCUAUUAUUAGGCAUACAUGACUGUACUCGCGCAGAGCGUGAAAGGGAAGAAGCAAUUGUUAGUGGUACUGGAGAUGUUAAUGCAGAAGAAGAGGAUGAAGAUGCGGAAGAUAGUGAAGGUGCUGGAAAUACAGUGACAUGGGCCAACACACCUCCAGAUUCACCACACAGUUUAUUAGCACGUGAUACAAGCCUCUGCCAGUACGACGUGGCUGCAAUAAUACCUGAUCUCGAUAUAUAUGCCAUACCUAGUAGUGAAGGUAAUCUUAUUACCCUUUGGUGAUAAAUUUGAAUAUAGUUUGUUAUUAUAUAAUAGAUUAGUUAUGUUAUUAUUUCUAACAGGUGCACCAGUACGAGAAAUUUAUUUCAUUGCAUUAAUUGAUGUACUUACACAUUAUGGUGUUAAAAAACAAGCUGCAAAAGCGGCUAAAACAUUGAAACAUGGAUCAAACGUAGAUGGUAUAUCAACAUGUGACCCAGAACAAUAUGGCAAACGUUUCAUUGAAUUUUUAUCAAAAGCCAUUGAAUAAAUUAUUAUUUAAAAUUUCUUCCAUUUUGAAAACAAAAAUAUAGUGUGCUAAGUAUUAUUAUUUUACGCUAGUUUGUCUUCUAUGUACGACAAUGCUUGCUAUAAACACUAUAUAUUACUUCAAAUUUGAAAUGAUCGUACAUUAUUUUUUACAUUUUUUUAGAGUUUAAUUAAUUGCUAUAAUUUUGUUUUUAUAUUAUAACUUAUUGUGUGGCCAAAAGUUAAAUCACUAUUAUUUUAUAGUUACCUUAAGAGUUAAGAUAAAAUGUAUAUGACAAAAAAAAAAAAAAAAAUAGUUUUAGUAUAGCACAAAUUAAAAAAAAAAAAUUUCUUCAAAAAACUAUUUUUUUUUUAUAAAAUUAUAAUUAUCACUUGAAAAGAUGUGCCCAAACAAAAAACUAUCUCGUAAAAUAUACAACAAAUAUUAUACAAAUUAAUAUUUUUUUAUUGCGUCUUGUAUAUGUUGUUGUCUAUGUGUUCCAUCACAAAAUGGUCGAUGGGUUGUUUGUUUACAAUUACACAGCCAAUAUUCUUUACUUUCAGCUACUUGAAUUUUAACCGGUUUCAUUGUAAUGCGGAGUUUUUGAUUUUUAUGCGUCCCAUCACAAAAUGGCUAAAUAUAGAAAUACAAUUUUUUAUUUUAUGUUACCUACUUUAAUCUUAUUAAAAAAAUAUACACAUUUUUUUUUAUAAAUACCUGUUGUCGACUCAUACCACAAGAACACCAGCUAUAAUUUUUUCCUUUUUCUAGAAAAACUUUAAAUGGUCGUUUAUCAUAAAUAACACCUAGUUGCUUUUGUUGAGAUGCAGUAUGAAACUCUUCUAAUAAGUUUUUUGGUAGUAUCUCAUCUACUUUCUUUGAAUAAACUCUCUAAAAAUAUAAUUUUUCAAUUUAUAAAAUGUGGAAAAUAUCAAAAGUA